AUGCGUAUUGCGUCAUCCGCAAACGGCGGACGUGGCAACGGCAACAGCGCGUUUUGGCGGGAGGGAGCGCGGGCGCAGCGCGCACAAGAUGGCCGCCGCACUUCCGGGAAACGCGCACAAAGCGAGGUCGCCCCGUUAAGGGCAUACGCACGCGUUAAUAACACGCUUUGCUUCUCAGCACUGCUGUGUGUUGCCACUGUU